AAACAGGGCUAAAAAUGAAUAGUGUAAGACAAGCUUUUUUUCAAAAAGGAUCACCGGAAGUCGCAGUCAAAUAUACCUAUGACAGAAGUCCUGAAUACGAUUUGUGUUUUGAGUUGAACUACAAUAAGGGUGGUCGAAAACGACAAGAAAAGGCCUUUUCUGAACCUGAAAGAAUUUAUAAGCAACUGCUUUCAAUAUCCGAAUUAAAAAGAAGGGAUUUGGAUAAACUUUGCAAAAACAAUGUCAUACCUGCCAGGUUUCACGAUGAAUUUUUUAAACUGAAAUCAAAGUCUUCUGUUCAAGAUGAGUUAGCAAAGAGUGAUGCAGAGGAUGACAAGGAGGAUGAAAGCUCCGAAUCUUAA